AUGUGGCCCGAUCCCACCCAGGCGCCCGGCGGCCUGGGCGCCCUCGUCAAGCCGGUGUACCACGUCUGGGGCAAGUUCCAAACGGCAAGUGGCGCAGCCGACCCCGGGGCCGGCGUGUGGCGCACCGGCGCGGGUAUCGACGGGACGCCAUACAAAGGAGAGGACGGCGCCGCUGGUGGCGCCUAUUGGAUACGCCAGCUGGGAUCGCCGAAGGAGAUCAGCGUGACCAUACCUGGCAUCAGGGAAGGCUGGUAUGAGAUCAAUGUGGAGGGCUCCCUCACUACGGACAUGCCCUCGCUGCUGUCGCUGUCGGGCAACGGCACGUUCAACGCAAACGACACGGACCCCAACUGGAUGUACAUCCAGCCCGGGGGCACCCUGCAGGCGAUGGGGGUUUCGCUGCGGGGACAGCCCAAGUUCAAUGGGGCCCUCAUCAAGGGCCUCAACGGCAGCAGGAUGGGCGUGCAGGGCGGCGCCACGAGCCUCAUCAGCUUCGAGGGCCCGCAGCAGUCAAUUGAGGUCGGCGAGUACGCCGAAUUCUCCUGGCAGUUCAACGGGCUGGGGAACACCACCUGCACCAUCGACGGCCUGCCCGAGGGAAACGACCCCCUCACCGGCCAGUGCCGCUCGCCCCUGCGCAAGAAGAUCACCGACACCCGCCGCCACACGCUCGCGGUGACGCUCAGCGACGUGUGCGGCGUCACCCGGCGGGACACGAUGAACUUCUCGGUGGCGGAGGGGUGGACCACAAGCGCGGCGACUAAUGAGAUGGGCCCGGGUGGCGGCGACACCUGGGCCGUGCUGCCGCUCGCCAAGCCGGUGCACGCCCCCGCGGCGGACGCGCCCACGCGCUCGGCCGCGGCGGCGGCGACUGCGCGCGGGGCGUGGGCUGUGGGGCUGGCCGCAUUUGCGGCGGCAGCGCUGCUGUACUGA